AUGGAAAAUGGAUCAGAGGUUAAGGAAUUCAUUCUUGUGGGACUAACAGAUGUCCCAGAAUUUCAGGUCCCCCUCUUUAUAAUAUUCACCAUAAUCUACCUAAUCACUUUUGUGGGGAACCUGGGAAUAGUAGCUCUGAUCUUUUGUGAUUCUCGUCUCCACACACCCAUGUACUUUUUCCUUAGUAAUCUUUCCCUGGUGGAUUUUAGUUACUCCUCAGCUAUAGCUCCCAAGGUAAUGUCUGGGUUACUCCCAGGGAACAAACUUAUCUCCUUCAAUGGAUGUGCUACACAAAUGUUCUUCUUUACAGGUUUAGCCACUGUUGAAAAUUACCUCUUGGCUACAAUGGCCUAUGAUCGCCAUGCAGCUGUGUGUAAACCUCUCCAUUACACCACUCUCAUGACACCCAGUUUAUGUGCUUUUCUGGCUAUUGGGUCCUACUUCUGUGGUUUUCUUAGUUCCUCCAUUCAUACAGGAAACACGUUUAGCAUCCACUUCUGUAAAUCUAACGUGGUCCAUCACUUUUUCUGUGAUAUUCCACCCCUCAUGGUUCUCUCCUGCUCUGACACAGCUAUUAAUGAAAUGAUUGUCUUCUUUGUUGUGGGAUUCAAUGUCUUUUUUGCUCUUUUCAUCAUUUUGAUAUCCUACUUAUUCAUCUUUAUUGCCAUUCUGCGGAUGCGCUCAGUUGAGGGCCGGCAGAAAGCCUUCUCUACCUGUGCUUCUCAUCUCACAGCUGUGUCCAUAUUUUAUGGGACAGUAAUUUUCAUGUACUUACAGCCCAGCUCUAGUCAUUCCAUGGACAUAGAUAAAAUUGCUUCAGUGUUCUACACUAUGGUAAUUCCCAUGUUAAAUCCUCUGGUCUAUAGUCUAAGGAAUAAAGAGGUCAAGAGUGCUUUUAAGAAAAUUAUUGUGAACAGUGAAAUCACUUUGUCCUACAUAUCAUUUAUAACUUGA